AGCAUGCACCUGAAGAUAUGGCAUCUACUCGUUUUCAAGAAAUUCAAACAGGCGAGAUGACACAAGAGGGCACACAGCGCAUUUUUGUUGCGUUUACCUGAAUGCUGCACGUCUCAGAAGGCAACCCACUGCCAGAGAAACACAGCAGUGCCCCAAAACUAAUGACAUUUAAAACAGAACUGGAAACUUAAUCACUUUGUUGUCCUUGCCCUCUAAUUCUUGUGUGAUGGACCAGCCUCUGCUUAGAGGGGAGUCGGCGAGGGGCUGCUGUUCUUACAGCACCCUGAAGGCCUGGCUGCCCAUCCUGUCCUGGUUACCAAAGUACAAACUGAAGUGGCUGCAGAUGGAUGUGCUUGCAGGCCUCACUGUUGGGCUGACAGCUGUACCGCAGGCGCUGGCUUAUGCAGAGGUAGCCGGACUUCCUGUGCAGUACGGGCUCUACUCUGCCUUCAUGGGCGGCUUCAUCUACACCCUCCUGGGGACCUCUAAGGACGUGACACUGGGUCCGACGGCCAUCAUGUCCCUCCUGUGUUCCUCUGUGGUCGGGGGUCACCCACAGCGAGCCGUGCUGCUCACCCUCCUCUGUGGACUCAUCCAGGCUGUGAUGGCGUUACUGAGAUUAGGUUUCCUGUUGGACUUCAUCUCCUACCCUGUAAUAAAAGGCUUCACUUGUGCUGCUGCAGUCACCAUUGGCUUUGGCCAAGUCAAAAAUAUUCUGGGUCUCCACGGCAUUCCCCAGGAGUUCUUCCUGGAGGUUUACUACACUUUCUACAAGAUCCCAGAGGCCAGAGUAGGUGAUGUGGUCCUGGGGCUGCUUUGUCUCUUUCUGCUGAUUAUGUUGGUGUUUAUGAAGGCGAGUCUCGGCUCUGACGACGCUGAUGCCUCCAUCUCCUCCAGCGUCGCCAGGAAGCUAGUGUGGACUGUUGCUACCAUGCGUAAUGCCCUGGUGGUCGUGGCUGCAUCCCUCAUAGCGUUUUCCUGGGAUGCUUACGGUCAUCAUGUGUUCACCAUCACUGGACAAACUACCAAGGGACUCCCACCAUUCAGGCCUCCACCCACUUCAGACACCACCGCAAAUGGCACUGUUGUCCCCUUCAGAGAGAUUGUAGAGGACUUUGGAGGAGGACUCGCUGUGAUCCCCUUUAUGGGUGUGCUGGAGAGCAUUGCUAUUGCAAAAGCUUUUGCCAGUCAGAACGACUACAGGAUCGAUGCCAACCAGGAGCUGCUGGCAAUUGGCGUGACCAACAUCAUGGGCUCCUUUGUGUCAGCUUACCCUGUUACUGGCAGCUUUGGGAGGACAGCAGUGAACUCUCAGACCGGUGUUUGUACUCCAGCUGGAGGAAUCGUCACCAGUGUGAUAGUGCUGCUUUCCUUGGCCUUCCUCAUGCCGGCCUUCUACUACAUCCCCAAAGCUUGUCUCGCUGCUGUCAUCAUCUGUGCCGUGGCUCCGAUGGUGGAUUACCGAGUCGUGGCUAAGAUGUGGAGGAUACGCAAGCUGGACCUGCUGCCUUUUGUUGUGACCUUCCUGAUGAGUUUCUGGCAGGUGCAGUACGGCAUCGUGGGAGGUGUGGCUGUUUCUGGAGCCCUGCUGCUGUACAACACAGCUAGGCCACAGAUUAAGGUGUCUGAUCACAAUGUGCUGGUGAUGGAAUUGAGCAGUGGCCUCAGUUUUCCCGCCAUGGAGUAUCUCAGCCACAUCAUACACACUCAGGCUCUGCAGGUGUCUCCUCCACGGUCUGUGGUCCUGGACUGCCAUCAUGUGAGCACCAUAGAUUAUACAGUGAUCAACGAGCUGAGCGACCUGCUGAGGCAGUUCAAGCUACGACAAGUGCAGCUGGUCUUUUCUGGAUUGCAGCCCUCCGUUCUGAAGGUUCUCCUAGCAGCUGAUCUUCAGGGCUUCAGGUGUACAGACAAUGUGGAAGAAGCGAUGCAGAUGGUGUUGAGAAACCUCAUGGAUGAGUGACAACAAAAAGGUCCAAUCACAGUCUGGAGAGACAAAGUUUGAGCCUGGACAGAAGUGGGGUAGCAAUAACACUGAUCAGUGACAUCUCUUCUGUGGGAUUAUCAGGCUGCCAUGAAGUUAAUAACUACCUCCAACUUGGCAGUGGCUGACGGAAGUGCCCCUUUUUCCAGUGAGGCAAAGAGUUGCACAGAAUGUGUUAUCUGUUAAACCUUGACUCUUGAAAUCAGUGCAGAUUCAUAGAGAUGACGACACUAUCAAACCAUUGCACAACACCAUCAGACUAAAGGUGAAGUACUGCUUUGUACAUGCAGUGAUAUUUAUAAAUUAUUUUAUAUACAUUAUGUAACGUUGACAGUGAAGGAUAAUAGAAAUGUCUUAUGUUGGUAAAGAAAUGCUGCACAGGUGAAACAUUUGUACAAUGUUUAUUAUUUUGCUCAUUUUAUACAUAUGAUUCUUAGCUGAUUAUUUAUUAACUCAAAUGACCUAAUGGGAAUUUUUCAUGAAUAAAACAUUGACAUUU